AUGCUUCCCCGUCCACCGCUCCGCCGCCUUCCCUCCCCAACUCGCCUCCCACUCCCCGAUUGCCUUCCUAGCCUCCCGGCCCCCAUCUCCUCCCCAUCUCGCCCCUACCGCCGUUCUCUGCUCGGCCCCUUUACCUUCCCCACCCCCCCAGUUUCCCUUUCCCCCACCUCCCCCCUCCCUUCCUCUCCUCCCUCCUCCCCCUUCUCCCCGACACCCCGUUUCCUCCCCCCCCCCCCUCCCCCCCGCGCAGUUCCCCCCGGACGCUGCAUAUCGCAGGGCGGGCAGUGGCCGCCCUUCUGGCUGCACGGGAAGCUUCCGCGAAAGAGCCCGAGGGGCGGCGCGCAGGAGCUGACGCUGUGCCGCGUGUACAAGGAUAGCACGUGCUGUGGGCGCGAGAACAGCGACCACGCUUUAAUCUCCACCCGGCGGCUGGUGGUGGGGGGGGAGCCCACGGACGACUGCAUUGCCAAGUGGGAGGCGUUGCAGUGUGCCACGUGUCACCCCCUCAUUGGCACACAGCACGGGCCGCCCGCCAUCUGCAACUCGUUCUGCGACGCCGUCUUUUCUGCGUGCGGGGCGGCAUUCUUUGCAGCGGAUGGCACCUCCCAGCACAUCUUCCCGUGCGGCCGCCGCGACACGCUCUGUGCUCGGGCCGACUCCCUUGCCUCCUCCGGCCGGCAGUUCUGCCAGCUGGCGGGCUUUGAUUGGCUGCCCAACUCGCACGGGGCGGGGGUGGAUAGGAGAGGGGGGCGAGGGGAGGAGAUGGGGGGGAGAGAGGACGAGGAGGGGCAUGAGAGGGUGUGCUUUGACGGCACACUCCCUUCUGCUGCUGCUGUUGUGAGGGGGAGGCGCAAGGGGGCAGGGGGGAAAGGGGAGAAGGGGAGUGGUGAGGAGGAGGAAGCGGACGAGGAGGGCAGUGGGUGGUGGGAGCAGUGGGCGGGUGGCGAGGGGGGGAGGCCGUUUGGGGGCAGCGUGGUGUGGAUGGUGUGUGGCCUCGUGCUCACUGCUGGCCUCUCCUACAUGCGCAUGCCUCAAAUCCCCUUCAUCGCUCCCCUCACUGCAUCACCUUCCCUCACCGCCCUCUUCCCUUCCCUCCUGGCCCCCACUCGUCCCUCCCCUCCUCACCCUGCCGUGCGUGGCAGGUGGGUGGCGGCACGCAGCCGGCGCAGGAGGCUGUUUAUGGGGUUCAUCAAGCGGGCAGGGGGCGGGGGGCGGCAGCAGCAGGUGGACGCGGUGAGGGCGCGGCAGCAGCAGCAACUCAAUGAGGCUGCUGCGGCUGCAGCUGCCUCCUUCACCGCCACCACUGCCUCUGCCGCUGCUGCCACCACCACUGUGCGCAGCACCGCAAGGCAGGCUCGCUAG